AUACCACCGACUUAGUUCGUUCUGUCGCACUUCGUCACUUAAAACUUUGACCAUAGGUCAUACCACCGACUUAGUUCGUUCUGUCGCACUUCGUCACUUUUAACUUUGUUUUUUAAUUGUUUUAUAGUCUACAAAUAUGAUGAAUAUCGAGGAAGAAAUCGGUCUUCCCGUUCAUUUAUUGGACCAUGAUUAUUUUAGGCCAGUUGUAUAUGAGAACAACCCCAUUGAAGAACUGGAUGAAGUGGAACAAGGAGUAAUCGAAGAAGAAGUACUUGAAGAUGAAGAUUUAGUUGAAGAAAACCCUUUGAAUCAGGUACCACUAACCUACAGAAUGAUUCCAGGUGUUCAUCAUGGAUCAAGGAUUUAUGUGGAUAAUUUAGGUUUCAAGUUUUACAAACGUGAAGCCACAAUCAACCGUGUGUAUUUAGUAUGUGAGCGUCAAAAAAGUAGGUAUCAUGAGUAUUGCCCUUGUACAGCAUCAGUGAGUACAGAACUGAUUGACAACAGGAUAAAAGUUAGACAUCAACAUAACCAUGGGCCUGCUGACAUAGAUUUACAUGUACCUUUCCUAAGAGAAGCAAUUGGUGCAAGAAGCAUUGAUCCUGAAAACAUGUCUGUAUCAGUUAGGACUGCAUACAACAACGCCAUUGUUCAAUAUCCAGAAGCUGCUAACAAUUAUACAUUUUUACAGGGACAAAGAAGAUGGAUGAGGAUGCGUAGGUCACGUCAACCAAAUGGCGGAUACAUACCUCAGAACAUCCAUGAGCUUGCUGAAGCAUUGAUCCGACCAGAGAAUGCUGCCUACAGUCAUACCCUUCAAACACCACCGUCUGCAUUUUUCCAACAAGAAUUAGUGGUAAAUGGAACAAGCGAAGGAAUUAUUUUUGCAAACCUGGAUGCAAUUAGAAGAUACCGAGAAGAAUUGGCCACAGUUACAACAGUUGGAAUUGAUGGAACAUUCAAAACUGUUCCCGCUGCCCCGGUAGACUUGAAAAGUUUUCUGACUUUUCAAGUGGUAUUUAAAGAUGUGUUGUUCCCAAUGGUGUAUGUUCUUCUAAGAAGUCGGACAGAAGAAACAUACAUAACAUUAUUUAAUAUUAUUCGGCAAAUUUUACCUCUUAACUAUAACUUAAUUCGGUUUGUUACAGAUUUUGAAAAAGGACUUAUGAAUGCAGUUCAACAAUCAUUUCCAGAAAGCAGAUUGGGGUGUUGCUGGUUUCAUUAUACCCAAUCAAUUGUACGGUAUUGUCAUCGUAAAUUAAAUGGUGUUUUGGAUUUAGUCAAGAGGAAUCCUGAUGCAGCUCGUGUUUUCAGAAUGGUUCUUGCACUGCCUCAUCUGCCUGCCGCUAGGGGUCAUCCUCUAUGUCCUUGGUUUUGUAUGUAUGAUGGUUUCAGGGCUAUCAUGCAGUAUGUUCAACAAUUUCCUGAAGUUGAGCAGGGUAUGAGAAAUUUUUUAAUUGGAUAUAUUGAUCAUUAUUGGUUUUUCCAGGUUGGUCCAGAGUUAAUCAGCGUUUUUGCAGAAGACUAUCGUACGAACAACUACUUAGAAUCAUUUCAUUCAACACUACUUUCGCAAAUGGGACGACACCCCAAUAUAUGGGAUUUCCUUCGUAAAUUAACUUACAUUGAAAAUCAGUUUUCAGUGGAGUUCAAUCAAGUACGAAAUAAUCUCAGGAUUAGAGAUGGCAUAUCAAGAUCUGAACGAGCUAAUGCCACUCAUAUAAUUUCCCAAAAUGUCCAACGCCUUAAUCAGCAACAAGACCUCUUGAUGUUUUUGAGCAACACCGGUCAUCGUAUUGAUGGAUAUGUUGAAAGAGAAAUUGGACCUUAUGCGCAACCAUGAAGAAGCAGUUCUCCUAUAAUAUUUGUUUUUUUUUUUUUUUGUGUAUUUUAAAUUUUUUCUCAUGUAUAAUAUUAUGUUGAAUGUUCAACUUUAAUUUUUUUUUUAUGUAUUAAAUUAUGUUUGUAUAUAUAUAGUGAGGGAUUGUCCUACUAUACCCAACGUGUGAGCCUCACAAGACUGUUCAAUUUUACUUAUCCGGUUUUUAUAAUAACCACGUAUGGUAUAACAGUAACCUCUUGUGUUCAAGCGUUUAAUUCACAUUAAUAUCACAACUCAACAUUUUUCA